AUGACGACAACGACUCUCAUGGAGACGUUCGAUACGCAAAUGCUAGACUCCGGGGACGCCGACAUGCCCAUGUAUUUAGGGACCCUCACCACCGACCCAUGGUCUACUGUGGAAACUACCAUGGUAGAUGCGGCCGACCCAGCAAACCCCGGGCCCUCAGAUCAUCAACCCAUUGAAGUGGAUAUGGACAACCGCGACGAGGAAAUGACGGAAUACGAGAUGGCAGAUGAGGAAGGACAUGAAAACGAGGUGGAUUUGGUGGAUGUGGACGUGGUUGACGCCACAAUCGAUUCAUCGUCGGCGUUGGUCGCUAUCGACGAAACUCGAAUACCGUUGACGGGAGCAUCGCCUCAUCCAUAUGGUGCCCUACUUACCUCUCUCUCCACUCCUGUGAUGCUGGAGUAUGAUCUCGGCCCUGCCGAAGCCACAGCGAAUCUGCCUGGGGAGACAGGCUAUGCCAUUUCGUCUGAUGCAGCUGCGUCUCCGGCGACUUUGGAAACUGCAGCAUUGCAUGCCUCGCAUUCAAAUCAGACAGAUUUUUCUGUGGCUCACGGAGCAGAGACAGCUUUUCUUGGACUUCCCGCCUCCAGUGACUUGUCUGAUCACGCUGUAGUGUCUGCAGUACAGCACGAGAAUUCCAACGGGGACCCGGUGAUACAAUACGGUCGUGACCAACCUGAUGUCCAAUCAUCGGAAGCCAGAGAGGGCGCUAUCGAGAGCACCGAGCAGGCAAGCCCGCUCUCGGAGCGUGAGAUCUGGGACCAUGCGAAUAGGGUGCUCGAGGGAGAACAAUCGGGCGAUUCUUUCAUUGGUCUAGGCAACGGGAAUGCCGAUGUCGCGCAUGAUGCAAAUCAUCUUUCGGCGCCGUCCGAAGAUGCAACGGCGCCGCCAGUAACUAACACUACGGAACAGGUUACAAAUUUGCGUGAUGGUCUCAUCGCUCACAGUGACCUCGAAAACCGCGAGGACCAGGAGCGUGGGGACGAGGCUGUCGGCGCCGUCGAUCCGCAUGAGAUAUCUGAAGGUGUAUAUAUCGACCCACCUCCCGCUGUUCUGAUGUCUGUCUCUCUAUCCUCGGAACCGGUUGAAUGCUGCCUCUUCAAUCAGCCAGCAUCCUGUUCUCAGAGUCCAUCAAAUCAUGUAUCUUCCUCUGGGCAUCAGGUUCUCUCACUCCUCUUACACCAUCGCCCCACUCUAUACUAUGAACCUUUGUCGGCUGUCUUCGAGGCGCUUCGGCAGGAAGAGUUCAUUCAGGAAUUUCUACGGUUUGAAGACGGGGAAUUGGUUCUAGAUGCUUAUGAUCUUCAACUUGUGGUUUCGGAAGACAACGCGCAUACGCACGAAGUAACUAUCCAUGAUCUUAAUGUUCUACAUGAUGGCACCGAUCAGUUCGGUCCGCUUCGUCUUCAAUUGAGGCAUAUAUCUCCUAGGUUCAUUACGCGUUAUAAUGCUCUCCGUGAUCAGAUUGCACGAUUAGACUUAGCCGCAGACGAGGAAGGAGACUCGUCGCAUUAUGAAGACAUCCAUACUGUGUACGCAGGAGAAACUUCUGCUGAAAAACAGCCAGAAAGCACGGUGGAUGCCUUACGUGAAGACCCGCAUACCGAAGAAAGUUACAGUCACAACGAGGACUAUUCUCACCCUGCGGCCGGGGAGGAAGACCUAGGCGAGCAUACAGUAUACCGCGAUGCUGAAGACGGAGAGCAUGGAGAAGGGAACGCGAGAGACGGUGAUUACCUACAUGAUCAGGAAACACUUACGGGUGAUCAGCAAUACGUGGAUGGGGUUGAUGCGGUCGAAAUGGCCCAUGGUCCUGAUACUGACGCGGGGGAAUAUGAAGACUAUGCUGACUACGCAGAGGACGACGAAGACCGCUAUGGCGAAGACCUUUCGCACGACGUUGGUGGUAGUGCCGAUGGCGAUGGCGAAGACAAUGUUUACAGCGGUGAACCUGAGUCGACUGAAGAUGCACCGCAAGGUUUAUUUGACGUCGUCGCUGGGGCGCAUAAUCAUGGUAACUUCUACCACAACGUCGAAUCGUAUUCUGUUGGAAAAGAAAACGGUAAUGAUGAUGUUGCUAAAUCUGGAACUGCUGGUGAGACGGCCAAUACUGACGUUUUAGCGGUCGCGGACGAAGAUAGUGCCUUCAUAGAGUAUCCUACUGAGGAAAACUUACAUGCAUCGGAACGCGCUAACGAGGACCUGGGAAAUGUUCUGAUUGACCCAAAUGUCAAUGUUUACAGCAUGAAUGGUUCCGGCAACUCGAAAGGAAAUCACGACUACGAAGCAACUGAAGAUGAUGAAUUCCAAGAUUACGAUGACUUCGACGAUCUUGAGGGCACAUCAGUAGUCGAUGCCCCUGAAGCGCUUGAUAAGGCAUUCUCUCCUCUUACAUCCAAACCCUUGAAACGAAGCCAUGAUGAGGUGGAUUCAGGGGAUGACAGCGGUGGUCGUUAUGAUGAUGUUGCGCCGAGCUCCCCAGAGUCGAAACGGCUGAAGGUUCAAUGA